AUGGAUCCAAUUCUUGUUUUAUCUUCUGCACUUGAUUCUCAAAGGCAGAACGACACUUCGUUCCUGCAAAACAAAACAAUACCCAAAGAAUUUCAGUGGCCAAAAGAUGAGUUAGUGAGAGCCCAAAAAGAGCUGAUGGUGCCCAUAGUGGAUCUCCAAGGUUUUCUGAAAGGUGAUGAAAUGGAGACGCUGAAGGCUGUGAAUAUGAUCAAACCGGCUUGCCUGGAGCACGGGUUUUUCCAGGUGAUCAAUCACGGGGUUGAUUCGAAUGUCAUCAAAAUGGCGAAUGAUCAUAUGGAUCAUUUCUUUAAGCUUCCGGAUUCUGAAAAGCUGAAGGCCAGGAAGAUGCCGGGCAGAACGUGGGGAUAUUCGAGUGCCCAUUCUGAUCGGUUUUCCACCAAAUUGCCAUGGAAAGAGAUGUUAUCCUUCGGGUAUCAUCAAAAUAGUUCGGAUCCUGUUGUGUUCGAUUUCUUCAAAUCUACCUUGGGCAAGGAUUUUGAAGAGACUGGAAUGGUGUAUCAGAAAUAUUGUGAAGCUAUGAACGAGUUAUCUCUGUCCCUGUUGGAGCUAUUGGCAAUAAGUUUGGGAGUUGAUAGAUUCCAGUAUAGGAAUUUCUAUGAAGAUAAUUGUUCCUUAAUGAGGUGCAAUUUUUACCCCAUUUGCCAAGAACCAAAUCUUGCUCUCGGCACCGGUCCGCACUGUGAUCCCACAACGUUAACCAUUCUUCAUCAAGAUCAGGUGGGAGGACUUGAGGUUUUCACUAACAAUCAGUGGCAUACCGUUCCCCCUCGUCCUGGUGCCUUGGUUAUCAAUAUUGGUGACACCUUUACGGCAUUAUCAAAUGGGAUAUACAAGAGUUGUCUGCAUAGGGCAGUGGUGAACCAGCACGAGAAUCGGAAAUCUAUGGCGUUCUUUCUUUGUCCUAAAGAAGACAAGGUGGUGACACCUCCGGCGAAUCUUAUUACCGGAACCGGAGAAGGGAAGAGGAAGUAUCCUGAUUUUACUUGGUCUCAAUUGCUUCACUUCACUCAGAAGCACUAUAGAGCCGACUCAGACACCCUUCAAAAUUUCAGCAGUUGGCUCAUCUCUUCUGAAUCUUCUAAUGUUUAGAUCAUUUUCAUGAAUUUCGCUUAAUCGCAGUUGAAUAAUUUAAACACAGGUAAUUCAUAAAGCGAGAAAAAUGAAAAUAUUAUCUUGGUUGCGA